AUGUUAAAAGAAAAAAAUUUUCGCCAUUUAGCUAAUAUGAUAACACCAUUGGUUAAUUCUUUAAUAAAACGAUUUAGCGAUUUUUUUGAAUUAUCUCCCAGUAUAAAUGAAGCUAUUUUAGCAACUUGUUUUCAUCCAUGUUAUAAAUUAAGAUGGAUCUCUAAUGAAUAUGACCACGAAAAAAAUAGAAUUCAAAACCUAUGUAUAAAUGCUGCAGAAAAUAUUUUUAAUAAUGAUAUUACUAAUAAUUCAAAUUCUAGCGAUGAAGAUGACGACAAUUUUAUUGUUUAUUCAUCGCAACCAGAAGCUAAAACCAUUAAAAAAGCCGAUCUGGAAGUAGUUACUUUUUUUAAUGAUAAGGCUAAAUCGUUAAAUAUUCUAAACAAUUAUCCAAUUAUAAAAAAACUUUUUAUUAGAUUUAAUACCAGCUUAUGCUCCUCAGCACCCGUAGAACGAAUGUUUUCCAUGGCAGGAUUUAUUAAUAAUCCUACCAGAAAUAAAUUAUCUGAUAUAACCUUCGAAAAACUUGUAUUUUUAAAAGGAAACAAAGAUAAAUUAACUAUAUAA